AUACCUAAGUGUCAUUCCAACUGUUUACUUACAUCGUAAUUAUGAAAGUAAUACUGACACUCGUAAGCUUCGCGGCACUUACUCAAGCUGGAGUCUUGCCAAAACCUUUUCAAGGCCGGAUUGUCAAUGGAAAUGAUGCUCAACUUGGGGAAAUCCCGUAUCAAGUAUCACUUCAAACACCUUAUAGCUCUUUUCACUUUUGCGGAGGUUCAAUUUUAAGUGAAUUUUACGUUAUCACAGCAGCUCAUUGUGUUAAAGGAAAAUUCCCAAGUGAUAUAAAAGUUGUUGCCGCUACAAUCGAUUUAAAAAAUCCUCAGUCAACUCAUGAGGUCAUGAAAAUUGUUGUACAUGAAAAAUAUAAUGCUGUCGAUUCAUGGCGUCAUGAUAUCGCUCUACUAAAGGUUAAAAAAGCCUUUAAUGUUAGUGAUGUUAUGAAUUUCGUUGCUCUGCCGAAUCCAAGUGAAGAAAUACCACAAGAUUCUAUCGCGGUUGUGUCCGGCUGGGGGCGAUUAUGGGAAGGCGGAAGUAGUCCAACUAUUCUUCAAAAGGCUAAAAUAGUUAUCGCUGCUCAGGAUUAUUGUGAGAAUAAAUAUGGUGAUCAAAAUUUGAAUAUAUAUGAUACUCAUGUUUGUGCUUACGACCCAGUAGAAGAAAUUGGCUCGUGUCAUGGUGACUCUGGCGGACCUUUGACAGUUAACGGUAAACUUAUUGGUCUUGUGUCUUGGGCAAUGGGUUGUGCAUCCACAGAAUACCCUACUGUGUACACACGAGUUACUGAGUAUGUGUAUUGGAUCAAAGCUCAUGCAAUUUAAUUAGUUACGAAUUUUAAGAAAAGUUGUUAACUACCAAACCAAUUUUAUAUCUUUGUAAAAUAAUAACUAUAUUGUAUAGUUUUGCUCUAA